AUGGAUGAAGAACCUACCGUUGGUUCUGCAGCACAACAUGUCGUGAAGCCGCCCGCCACUGCUGCAGCGCGCAACGUCCGACUUAAGCAGGCGACGCUUAGCUUCUGGAAGACGUAUGCGACGGCUGUGGUCGAGAACAACGUUGCCGGCCCAUCUGAAAGGCCUCGUCCACGGUUGAACAUCGAUAUGGACCAGCUCAUCGCAGAUGUGUAUGAGGAUGCACACGACAAGUUUAAGUCACAGUGGUCUGCUCGUUUUCCCUGGCUCAUGCUAAUGAAAACCUCCUCUGGUCUUCCUGGAUUUAAGUGCAGUGUGUGUGAAGCCCAUGCUGGUGACGCAGGCAAAUGUGGGAGGCGCGGGAAAGGUGCUACAGACGUGCAAACACAGUCCUUCCGUAAGCACGCCGGCACACAGAAGCACAAGCUGGCGAUGGCGAAGUUCACCGCUCUGAAGGAGUGCGGGGCUCGGCAGCCGCUGAUAGGCCAACUUCGAGUCACGGUCGACGAGGAGAAGCUGCGCGUCGAGUCCCUUCUUGACUCGUUGCUGUUUGUCAGCAAGUGCGACGCGCCAAUGGGACUGUGGGUGAAGCUUGUUCGGGAGGCUCUGGCUGCCAAACAUGCUGCUGAGAACAUCCCCGCCUUCAAUGUCGUCGACAAGGUGAUUCGCACCGUGGCUGAGCACCUCGGCAGGUCGGGCCCGUGGCACCAGAGGUUCAUGGAUCUCCAGGACGUGUUCACCUCAACGAGCUUGGAACUGCAAGGGAUCCAUGCAGUUCGCUGGCUCUCGCGGGGCGAUGCUGUGCUGCGUUUUAUCACCAUGCUUCCAGCGCUGAUCGUGAUGAUGAAGAAGUGGGAUGCUGACUUGUAUGCACUGGUGACAAGCUACGGGUUUCAUUUCCUCCUUUUUUUUAUUGCUGGCGUGCUUGAGCAGCUGAACAUAUUGAACAGGGCCUUCCAGCACAAAGAGCUGGAUUAUGCCGUCGUCUAUGGGCAGAUAAGGCGCACCACCUCUCACAUCGAGUCGCGCUAUGUUGACUGCGGGGACGACUUCGGUGGCGGCGUAAGCGAGCGGCUAUCCCCUUUCCUCGCGCGUCAUGGGCCAGGAGGAAACAGGGAGGUGACAGUCGAGGGUGUUGACUCCGACGGGCGACUCGCGCGCUUCAAGUUCAAGCUGCAUGAGGACGACGUGGAGGAUUUUGAGGGGCCCGCCACGCACGAUGGCUGCGUGGACGUCUGCACCGCGUUCGCGGAGAAGAUCGUCCAUGAGCUGGAGUCCCGGCUUGGCGACCUGGAGGGAAUGGCAGGGGCCAAGCUGUUCACCCCUGACGAGUAUCCACUGGACCGAGGAGAGAGGAACGCCAGAUGCCUUCAGUGGUUGUCGUCCCUGGCCACUCUGUUCAAGGCUGACAAGAGCGAAGAAAUCCUGCCUGGAACGCUCCAAUCGAUGCAGCAAGGCAACAGAGCAAGCAGGGCAAGGAUCAUGCAGAUCAUUUGGACGUAG